UCUGUACGGUUCUCACAGAGGCCACCCCUGCAGCAUCCCACUGCCAGCCCUUGGAGGAGGAUGCCCAGCACACCACGCCAGGCGGCUGUGUGCACCACCAGAGCCCCCAUGCCACUUUGAACCCCUGCAGCUGUACAUGGCGCUGCCCUGCAGCUAGAGACAAACACAAGACUACUGAUUUCAGCAGGGCUGGACCCCAAGAAAUCCUAACAGGAUUUUGCACCUGCCUGCAUCUGUUUACCUUGUUAAUAAUGUUAGAAACGUGUCAGGGGCUCCCAGUUCUGUAUACUUCUGUUUUCACAAUCCAGCUUAAUCAUAGGUGCACUUGUUAAAACAUGCCUGCUUAGGGAACACUUCCAGCAAGAACAUUAGCUCUGCCUGGAAAGUGUGAGCCUUUAGGACUUCCCCUAGAGCUCACUGAAGUUAUCAGAAGUAUUUCCACUGACUUCCAUGAGUGCCAGCUCAUUUUUCUAAAAAGUACAAAAUAAUAAGGAUAGAGGGGAUGAUGGGAAAGAGCACAGCUAAAAAAAAAAAAUCCUUUCUAAUAUAUAAAUAAAUGAAACUUUAUUGAUAGUUUCUGAUAUUUUUUUCUCAACAAAACAACUCUAAAAACAACCCUACAGCACAAUUUGAAAAUCAAUAUAACCUUAGAAAAUUCAAGAAGGUUAAAACCAGAGAAAAACCAAGCCCAAAAGUCCUGAAGCCAUAAGUUACUUAAGGAAUUUCAUCUCAAAACUCAGCAGUGAUCACUUGGAGGGAAAAACAGAGAUGGAGCUACAAUCUGAGUCUUCUGACACCUUCUCCUGCUAUUGGUACAGGUUCAUUUUGUGUCCUGAUAUACUGGUUUCUCUGCUUACAAAAUGACCUUAAAAUGACAUAAACUAUGUGGAAACCCAUAAAUGACUUAUAAUGAAACAUAAGAGUCCAAAAUUAGUAUUUUUAUGUAGACAGUAAUGGAAGAUAAGUCAUUCCAUCUGUCAAGGGAAGACUCAAUGAAGUAAUUGGUUCUUCCUUUCCUUCUGGGUGCCUGGUAAAUAAUUAAUAUGCAAAUCUAUAUCAGCUGAAUUAGGCAGUGUCCAGGCAUUAGAGGGCUCCAUAACUGUUUCAACAUAGGCUAUGGUCAAGCAGGGGAACCUAGAGGUAGUGAAAAAAAGGAAUGACCAUGAGAAAGCUAACUCCUAGGAUAAUCAGAGAUACAAGAGGAAGCCUGAAUAUUGGGUAUUGGUCACUGCUGGCAAAAAGCUAGCAGUAGCCUCAGCAGGUGGUGAUGAUUGUGGGGGCAAGUGGAUAAUCUUCUCCUUACAUUUCUUACAUAAUCUUCUCCUUACGUUGAACAAGAGGAGCGAAUGAUGCACACUUACGCAAUGGGGGAAGGGAGUCCUUUUCCUGCAGGCUGUUUUUUCCGGUGCAUCCUGUGGUGGGUUGACUUUGGCCAAAUGUUAGAUGCCAACCCAGCUGCUCCCUCACUGCUCUUGCUCUACAGAACAGAGGAGAAAACAAGAUGGAAAAGAAAAAGCUCAUGGGUCAAGAUAAGGAUACCGAGACCACUUAACCAGUCACUGCCACAAGCAAAAAAAAAAAAAAAAAAAAAAAAAGAUGUGGGGAAAAUUAAUUUAAUUUGUUGCCAAUUGAAAGAGGUGGGAUGGUAAGAAACAAAUAUAAAACACCUUUGGUCUGCUCAUACACAACAAUCCUGUGGUGCCUAAUAAUCGUUCAAUAAAGGAACCCCAUCGUCUUCUGUUUGCUAAUGAAGGUUAUUCUCUCAGAUUAGUAUAUUCUCUAUCAAAACUUAUCAAUGCAAAAUCAAGCAGAAAAGAGCUGUUUCUUCAGAACUCUGAUUUCUAGAAGCUUAAAAAAAUAUAUAUUGAAUUACAAGGAAGGAAAAAAAAAAGCAAAGAAAGAAACAAGAUCUUGCCAAGGGGUGGUUCCCUAAGUAACUAGUCUCACUUCCACAAUGUGGGUCAGCAUCUUACUCUUCCUACCUCUGUGGGUGGAAAGGAGACCUUCCUACAGUGACUGAAAUCCAAAAGCAGAUCAUCUGCUACUAAUGUACCACAAGUGAAGAGGUUUCCUGUUCUUCACCACAACUUUUAGUAUGCCUUCUGUUUGAACACAGAUUACUUGCUCUAGAUUGGCUGGAUUUAUCUAUAUCCCUGGACCUGCAGUUUCUGCAGGGAAGUUCAUCAUCAGCCAUCAGCCAUGAAGGUUCUUAACUACCUCCUGGUCUACCGAAGGUUCCUGCUCAUUGUCCUCACCCCACUGCUUUUACUUCCACUCCCACUCAUCAUCAAAACCAAAGAAGCAGAAUGCGCCUACACACUGUUUGUAGUUGCUAUCUUUUGGCUCACAGAAGCUUUGCCACUGGCUGUUUCAGCUUUGCUUCCUGCCUUUAUGUUCCCAUUGUUUGGUAUAAUGGAAUCCAAGGAGGUGGCAUCUGCUUAUUUUAAAGACUUUCAUCUGUUACUGAUGGGAGUAAUUUGUUUGGCAACAUCAAUAGAAAAAUGGAAUUUCCACAAAAGAGUGGCUUUGAGAAUGGUGAUGUUGGUGGGUGUCAACCCUGCAUGGCUUACGCUGGGUUUCAUGGUGAGCUGUAGUUUCUUGUCGAUGUGGCUCAGCAACACCUCUGCGGCUGCCAUGGUGAUGCCAAUUGUAGAGGCUGUAGCUCAGCAGAUCACCACAGCUGAGGCAGAAGCUGACGCGCUGGAGAUGUCUUACUCUAAUGGCUCCACCAACCUGGCGCUGGAGCUCGACGAAAAUAUAGGAGAAUGUGAAAACAGUGACUGGACAGAGAAAGGCAAACAAGUUAAUGGAUAUGACAAUGAUAUGAGUAGUACUGUGUGCACAAUUGAAAAGGAAAAUGAAAAAGAAAAGGAACAGCAGAACCUACCACCUGCUGAAACAGGGAGAAAAAGCAGAGAGGACAAAUACAGUGGGAUUUUCAAAGUGAUGUGCUUAUGUAUUGCUUAUUCUGCUACCAUUGGAGGGUUGACAACAAUCACAGGAACAUCGACUAAUUUGAUUUUUGCAGAGCACUUCAAUACACGUUAUCCAGAUUGCAAGUGCAUCAACUUUGGAUCCUGGUUUAUCCUUUCUAUCCCCAUCACAGUUGUUAUUCUGGUGCUCUCUUGGGUCUGGCUCCAGUGGCUUUUCCUUGGGUUUGAUUUUAAAAGCAUGUUCAAGUGUGGCAAGAAAAAAACAGCUAGAGAGGAGGCCUCAGCAAAGGUGAUUCAGGAAGAAUACAAGAAGCUUGGACCAAUGAGCUACCCAGAAAUUGUUACACUUGUCCUAUUCAUUUUAAUGACACUGCUGUGGUUUACCAGAGAACCAGGCUUCAUCCCAGGAUGGUCUUCACUUUUCCCAAAGUAUAAAGGCUAUGCUACGGAUUCAACAACUGCCUUAGUGAUUGGCCUCCUGUUCUUUAUUAUUCCUGCAAAAACAUUGUCUAGGACUUCAAAUGGAGAAAGCACUGCUUAUGGUUACACUCCACUGAUUACUUGGAAGGAAUUUCAGUCAUGCAUGCCCUGGGAAAUAGCUAUUCUUGUUGGUGGCGGGUUUGCAUUGGCAGACGGCUGUGAGGUUUCAAAACUGUCUGCCUGGGUAGCAAGUAAAUUGACCCCUCUAGGAUCACUACCCCUGUGGCUAAUUAUCCUGAUAUCAUGCCUUAUUGUCACUUCAGUAACAGAAGUGGCCAGCAAUCCAGCCACUAUUACGAUAUUUUUGCCUAUAUUAUCUCCUUUGGCUGAAGCUAUUCAUGUGAACCCACUCUUCAUUCUGAUACCUGCCACACUAUGUACUUCCUUUGCAUUCCUUCUUCCAGUAGCAAACCCAGCCAAUGCCAUUGUAUUUUCAUAUGGUCAUUUAACAGUAAUGGACAUGGUGAAAGCUGGCUUGGGCAUUAACAUCAUCGGAGUUGCUGUAGUUAUGCUUGGAAUUAUGACGUGGAUAGUGCCUAUAUUUGAUCUCUAUACUUACCCAAGUUGGGCACCAAUCAUUUCUUCAAACAGCACAGGGUUGUAAAAAACAAACAAACAAACAAACAACAACACACCACCACAAAACCCGGGGAUUGGUUUGGAUUGUUUUUGUUUCUUUUCUGUUCCACUGGCAUGUGGUGAGUCACUUAAAAUGCUUUUUGUCACCAUAACAAUAGGGAUCCACAUUACCGUAAAUGCCUUAUUCCACAAUCCAAGGGACUGAUGAUCUGGUCUGAGAGUCUAAUCAGGAAGAAUGCUAGACUUUCUAAAUAUCAUCAAGUCAGAUCAAGUUUCUAAUAUAGUUCAGCUAGACUGAAUGUUUAUAUCUUCAUUUUAUGAAGGAAAAACUAAAUGUACAUAGCCAUUGUCACUGGCAGUUUGCCCCUAUGCUCAGGGUAGAGAAAUAAUGAGAUUUUGAUGUUUUUAUUUCAAAUGUCUGUUCUUACUAUGACCCUUGGUGACUUUUGGGUUUUGUCCAAGAACAUACUGUUUUUCUGUUUUCUAGAUUCAAAUGCUAUUUGAAGUGGUGUUGAUCAUAAACAAAAGAUCAGGUUGGGGAAUUGUCUUGAACAUAUGGUUUACAGACCUGUCAAAUGUACAAAAAAGGGAGAAGAGCAGCAUGGUCACUUAGACAGCACUUUAUCUGUUAAGCACCUUGUAAUCUGGAAGGAGAAUAUAUACUUAAGCAUAUGUUUAAAAUCUAUCUCCUUCCAGGAUCUCACUGAAACAAGUCAUAGUUGAAUAUGUUGUCUAGAAUUUUCCUGUAUAAACACUAAUUGAUAGAUCUGAGUUGAUCUAUAUGAAUGGAGACUAAAUUAUCAUCAUACUUCUCUGCCAAAAGUAGAGAUAUAUCCUCCUGGUGAAUGAAAGCACAAUAUAGAGUGCUGAAGAUGUAAUACUCAGUCCAUCAAACAAGACUGUAGUGCAUCUUCAUCAGGAGGCACAUGACCUCUACAGGACAGGUAGAAGUUUAGGGAUUCUAGUGUAUGAAUUUUAGAAACAAAAAAGUGCAAUGUAGUCAAAAGAAGCUUGCAAUUCAGAGGUAUCUUCAGCUACUGAUGUAUUAUAUAACUGUUGUAUGUUUUUCACAGUAAGGACUACGGAGUUGUUUUUUCACCUGUUGGGAGGACACAUGACAAUUUGUAAAGAGUGUUGAGCUAAUAGUAUGAACCAAAUCUGCAUGUAUUUAGGUUGGGUCAUCCCCUGGGGCACCUCAGUGAUGGAUGUAAGCCUUAAUCUGUCUUUAACGGAUCCUGUAAAUUAUCAAUUUCUCCUACAAAAAAAAAAAAAAAAAAAAAAAGCUUAAGUUUUUGGAUGAGAUGUUUUACUUUUUUACAUUUAUUUUUGUUUUUGUGCAUUUAGAGUAGUCAGCCAUGAUGUCUAUAAUGCCAGAGUACAAUGUAUAGGAUUGUUAUACAUAUAGUUUCUUCUGUUAGCUACAGGUUGCAGGUUCAGCUGUAAUGAAUUAUUGGAGUAAAGACGCACUUUCUCUUAAUGAUGAUGGUUCUGUGUACUAAUUGUUAUCUGUACUUGCCACCACACUUUGCCAACAUGGCUGAAGCUGCUAUCUCUUUAGGAUGGCUAACUUCUUUCUUUUCUUUUUUGUACUUCUUGUAUAGUGCCUAGCAAGAUAGGGCUAUGUCAGUGACUAGAACAAUCACGAGCUGCCACUGUAUGAGCGUUAAUUGCUACACUGCAGUAAUGAUUAUGAUCACAGAUAUGCAACACCUAGCUAAAUGAAGCCUCUAACUCACCGGGUACUGUAGCGGAAUGUAUAUGCUUAUCAAAGACAUAGGUUUUACUGUGUCUUUGCAGACGGAUGUGCAGCAGAGAAACAAGGAGUUCGUGGUUUAUGUAGUCCCUUGAUCCUGAAGGCACAGAGAGGAAAACCAGCUGAGACAGUGCUCUUACUAUAUGGUUCCAGCUAUUAGAUUUCCAAUUGAGUCAGUAAUUUCCAGAUUAUUCUAGAGCAUUGGAGGCAAUGAAUCAUAGAAUAUUUCCUGUGGCAGGGACCUCCAAGGACCAUCUUGUCCAUCCUCAAUUGAAGCAAGGUUAGCACUGAGUUUGGGUUGCUCAGGGAUUUGUCUAGUCACAUCUUGAAAACCUCCAACAUGGAGACAGCACAGCUUCCCUGGGUAAUGUACUUCAGUGUUUUUCUGUCCAUUUGGUGAAUAUUUUUUGUCUUUAAACAAACGAACAAACAUACUGUAUUCAUUUUAGUAUUCAUUUUAGUGGAAUAGGCUUUUUUACCUUUUAUUUGGGAAAUAAUAUUUCCUAUGGAAAAAAAUGCUUUUUAUUUUUAACAAAACAUAACGGUAGGGGAAAGUCCUCUUUGUGGCUUGACAUUCACUACUCUCAGUGAAAGUGGUAUUUUCAGGUCUGCUCUGCAAGGAAUUGACAGUAUUUUAAUCAUGUGACAACUGCUAUUCAGCAAGAGGAAAUUUGUUAAGUGCUUAUGAGCUGUCCCUGGUUUUGUUAAUGCUCAGAAUACAAAACUGAUUGUUGUAACCUCAGCCUUGAAUAUGACAUUGAGGCCCACAGAGGUCCAUGAAUGCACUGUGCAAUUAAAUCGUGCUUUGACACCUGUAUUCUCUCUUCAAGUUGUGUAUCUUCAUGGAAGAAAAUAAUCAUUUUGAACCAUUUAAGAGAACUCUGCAGAAGUUGUCAACUCUGUAGUAAGUGAUGUUCUUUUCAGCAUAAGCUGAAGCUCAGUUUGUGCUGGAUAAUUCUCAGCCAUUCCUUUGCUCUACUUUUUGGUUUAUUCAUAGGAUCAUAGACGAUAUUUUGAGAAAGGCCCAUGUGUGAAUCUGAACUCCCACAUAAUGCAGACCACAGAAUUUCCCUAAACUAAAUAUUUUUUUUCAGGAUCCAGUAGAUCCUGAAAAAGAUCCUUGCUUAGUAAAGAAGAAAGAAGAUUUAAAUUAUUUAAUGAACAAUGCACUUUAAAAACUAUUUUUGCUAUAGUCUGCAUUCAGAGUGAGUUAUGUACAAAGAGAGAAGGAAGGGAUUUGUAAAGUAAUAAAAGUUAAAGUUGUUUGCUGUGCCAUGUGUAUUUAUAAAUUACCAAAAUGAAAUGCAGAGUUAUAAAUAAACUGUCAGUGACCAGCAUAUUAACUGUCACAAUAUGAUAAACUAGUGACAAAAAUGAAAUGAUUGAGAGUGAGGUUUUUGACAGAUUGUAUGCUGUAUGCAAAUCAGUCAUGAAUAAACAAGUUGGUAGUAGUGGAAAGGUAGUGUUUCACUAGUGUUUGUUUUCUUGUUUUGCUAAAAGUGUAAGGAAUGGGUCAGACACAAUCUUUGAGCUAAACUGAUAUUAUUGCUAACUUAUUUUUAAACCUUCUAAAGACCUUUUUCAGUCAAAAUUAAGAUCUCUGCAGUGCAGAGAUUAAUACUGAUGGAAAUUCCUCACCUAAGAGUGUUGAGAUGGAGUAAAAAGGAGCUCAAAAGGCUUGGCUCUCUGGGUACCCGGUGUGUGGCAGGCACAGCAUGCCGUGCUGGCUGCGUGCUCUUUACAGGUGCUGUGAGAUUCUUUGCUUUGCCCAGAGUUUGUCAGUAUUGUGGCAAGUGGUGGAAAUGCAUCUACAAUUGUUUUAAGAGUUGAUUAAUAUAUGAUGACUGCAUCGACUAUUUGUAAAUUGCUUUGUGCAUAAUUUUCAUAUAGAAUGUUGUAUUUUUUCUUUGUCUCAGAUGAGUCUAAUUAGACAAUUGUAUUAUUACAUAAGUAAUAUUUAUGACUUACUAUUUAUUUGUGGUCUCAUUCCUGCUGAAUUAAAUGAAGCCUUUGUAAUAUACUUCAUCAGGACAGAUGUGCCAGGUCUCUGUUCUCCUUUCCUAUGGCUGUACUAUAUCUAAUAUAUUUUCACUUUGCUUUUGGAGGAUGUGUUUUUAGAUUACCAGUAACCAUAGAACAAGUACACCCUGGAAAAAGCUUCUGCACUGUUCCAUUACUACACACAUCAGUCAGAUCAAUCUUGCAGUGUAAAUUCCCUUAUGUACUUUUAAAAUGAAGUACCUGUAUUUGUUUACUAGUUUAAAGCAAGUGGGUCUAUAGCCUGAGGCCUGGCUGAGCAGCACUGCAGUGCAGCAGCUCAGGAAGUGUGGAGUGAAAAAACAACACCACAUAUUUUACCGUUCUUUUUUUUUUUUUUUCCAACUUUUUGAUUAGGUGAAGAUACCAAGCCAGUUAUCAUACUAAUUACAAAGAUCUAAAGAUUGUUGUAUCCUAUUUGCAGUCGCUGGCAGGACCUGAAGGCUGUUUCUGUGGUUAGUGAUCCCCUAAAUAUAGAGAAGUCCAUUCCUGCCACCUCUCCUGUCCUGCUGCUGGCAGCCCACAUGGAUGCCAGCUGCCCUGAUGGAGACACGCUGUUGCCCACAGCUCCUCAGGGCUGGGGAGAUUCCCCAGAGGUCAGGUCUGCACAUAUGUCAGAUUACUUUGCAGCUACUGCUGAUAAAUGAUAACUAGGUUAUCAACUUAGUUCUUUGUCUGUGCAAAGUUGAUUUCAUGAUUUGUGGUUCUCAAAAAUUACCAGACUCGUUGUCAGUGCUAUCCUUUAACACUUUUGCAUUGUGUUCUUGGAAUCUGUUGUAUGUUGCUUUUCUUGUGCAAUGUUCAAUUGCUGUAUGACAUUUCUUUACAAGACUGAUUUCCUAUUUUUAAAAUAAGUAUUUACCAAAUGCUGUACAGACCAACAUUUAUUUUGUGAUAAAUUAACAUGAUCUAAAACUGCGGUGUGUGAAGAAAGGUUGUCUUUCAAUAAAAGUGCCUGAGAUUUCUUAAA